AUGCGCGCAUUCUACUCCCUCUACGAGGAGCCCGUCUUCGAGGAGCCGUCGCCCAAGGAGCGCUCCGUCUUCUACGCCGUCGUCGGCGCGGCGGUCACCAUCGCGUCUACCGUCGCUGCGAUCCAGAUCAACGGCUCGCCGCAAUGGCUCUCGCCUGCACUGAGCGUCCGUGUCGCUGCGGCUGCGUUAGGCUCGCGCUUCUCGAUUAUCGCCAACGCGCUAUUCAUUCACGACCCCGCACGAAGAUCCUCUGACUCCCGCGUUACGUACCCAUCCCCAAACGUCUACUACGUCGCUUCCUUGCUCGCAUUGCCCGCUAUCUAUACGUCUGGAAGGUCCCGCAUCUCCGUCUCGUGUUCAGCAUCUAUCCACUGCCCGUCGUUCACCGCGUAUAUCAGUCUCUCCGUGUACCCAUAA